CAAUUUUUGUUUCAGGUGGGAACCAUUUUUAUAUAUUAGAAUAUUCUCCUGAUCAUUUUACAUUUGUUCUCUACGAACACAGUUUUUGAGCAUAUUUUACUACUAGUAUACUCAGGGCUUAAUUUCUAAGAUUAGAAGUGCCGGGCCCUAUGAAAGACCGUCAGCAAAGAAGAACAAAAGCAUGGUCUCUUAAAAAGAGACUUUGGAAAUCCGAUGAUCCUAAAAGAAUUACAAAAGCGAAACACAGAUUAGUUACAGCACUCAGAAGAAACCCUGAGAUCGAAAUGUUGAAGAAAGAGCCAUCCUAUUAUAGAUUUCGAGUGAUUACACAUUCGAAUUCAGAUGAUCCGGAUUUAACGGCAGAAGAAUCGAUGAAAGACGAAAACUACGAAGACCACAGCGAAGAGAUGCAAAAAAUCCCUCAAAAUAUCUUUCUGGAAACAGAAAAUAAAAAAACAGAUACAGAAACAGUAGCAUUACCUGUUUUUAAAGAGACUUAUAACAGAAGUGAUGACCACAUAACAUUCCAUAACUAUGCUGCAAAUGAUUAUGGAAGUGAAAUUUAUAAUGAAAGACCAUACUUUACACUGACACCAUGUGAAACUUUUCCAGAAAGGCACCAUUUGGCUGAAAAUGAGUCUCAGGCCAUAAGUGAUACAUGUUGUUGUGACAUCUUGUUAGAUAGCAGUUUUUUGAGCAAUCAGAGGUGCAUAUGGCAUGGCAUAUAAAAUGGAUAUUAUUUUUCAGUAAGCAAGAUAUCAUCCUAUCAAACUAUAAUCUUAUAAUACCUAUUAGCCAAUAAUUGAUGCUUUAUAUUACGAACACACACACACACACACACCCAAAAAAAAAAAAAAAAAAAAAAAAAUGCAUAUAUUUAAAGUGCAUAGUUUUUCAUAAAUACAACUAUUUGUAAAACAAGUAAUUUUUUUAUUUUUCACAAGAAAAUGUAUAUAUACAGCAUGAUACUUUUUCGCAAAACAAUAAAACUUCCCUAGUUUUGCCUUA